AUGGAAGCAAUCCUCGAAGUAUGGAACGUACGAGCGACCGGCAUACGGAGAAUCAGACAUUACGUAAUUCUACUCAAUGAAGGCACGCAUUUAUGCACUUAUCUUCUUUUAAUUAAUAAGGGAUUGGUAUGUCGGCACUUUUUCUGUGUUGGUACCUACUCUAGAUUCGCCACCUUCCACAUAUGUAUGAUUCCGAAUCGAUGGUAUAUAAAUCCUGAUGUUGAACCGAACGAUCUCCUACAACAAUAUUCUUUUAUCCCAGUAUGUGAUAAGAUACAAUCGGAAGAUAACAUACCAUUCAAAAAUCCUAUCACUUUCCAACAUUUCUUUUCUAUUCAGAUUGAUUCACACGGCUCUCAACCAUCCCAACCAGCCGUAAACUCGCCUAAAGCUAUGUACGCAGAAUUGGCUGGAUUAUCGAAAAAGGCUAUUGACUGUGCCCUUAAAAGUGAUAAGCAACAAGAAUUGUUAAAUAUUUUCAAGGCCUUUAUUUAUGAUGUAAAGAGCGGACUGGAACCGGAAAACUUUACUGAUGUUAUUAAUCCCGUUGUUAUUAAGCAUAAGGGUCGGCCACCGAAAAGGCUAAUAUCAAGCAUUGAAAAGUUUUAA